AUGGCGAAGGGUUUGCGCUGUAAGACGAAAAGGGCCUUCAGGGCAGUGAAGAGGCAGCAUGUCAGCGCCACAGUCGAAGCAACACGCAUGGAGACUCUGCAACAGCGGCUGCUGAUGAUACAGCGGGGCGAAGAUCCUAUGGCAUUCAGUAGGAGACCUUUGAACAAAUUCCUUUACCCAGAUGCUGCAGACGCAGUAUUUCCCCAGAAAACUCCAGGAGCACGUCCAUUGGACUUUCGAUCCGAGGCUUUGCCGCUUGCUGGCAUGGUAGGAUGGGGGCAGAGGAAGAAGUACACGGAGGAGGAGAAGAUUGAGUUGGUGUCGCUUUUCAACUGUCUCCCUGGGCGCACCGAAGGGCCUGAGGUGCAAGGAGCUCGUGAGGCUUUCAAACGAAGAGCGGCUGCAGCCUUCGUGGGUGAAGCCGACAUGACGGAGGCUGCCUGCCCCCGCAGCAGCAGCAGCAGCGCUGAGGCUGCAGCGGCGGAGCAAGCGGACGACGCAGGAGCUACAUGCAUGCUUGCAGAAGAUGCGACUAGCGACAUGCUUGCAGAAGAUGCGGCUAGCGACAUGCUUGCAGACAUGCGGAGAAGGCAAGUGCCCGUGGUGAAGGACGGCCUUAUCAAGCAGAAAGCCUUGCCCUCCAAGGCUCAACGCAAACGCAGACAGAAGGAACGCUCACUUUAUGCUGCUGCUGCUGCUGCUGCUGCUGUGCGAAACGACUCGCUUUUUGGCGGAGAAAAAGGGGAAGCGCCAGCCGUUGCUGUUGCUGAAUUCGCAUAA